AUGUCAGUACGCAACGCUUUCGCCAAGCACCCAAUUCUCGUCGCAAAAGCCGGCAAAAUCGACACGAGCAAAGGCAAAGUGUGGAUUGAGGUCAAGUUUCCAGACACCACGCCCGACGAAUACGCACAGCCCGGGAUAGAGCUGUUGGAGGAUGGAACGUUGCGGAAGGCAAUGAGACCAGUCGACAGCACUGUUCACCACCGCCUGAAUCGGCUAUUCUAUCCCAAGGAGGCAGCAAAGGCCAUAUACAACAGCACAACGAGCAAACUAGGAAGCUCAUGGAAAGGAUUCAAAGUCUAUAUGGGCUGGAGUCCAGAAUCGAAGACCGAGACCGUCCAGGAGCUCGUUCAGAGAAUAAGCGCCAACCCGCGAUCAUCGGCGAACCCCACGACGAGCGUCCCUUCAAGGCCUUUCUCCACGUCUGCGACACCUACCCAGCAGCCAGGUGCGUCGCCCUCUGUCGCACCUGUCGACGGCGCUACCAAGGACCUCGACCGCGUCACAAUCGAUCCCAAGAAGUUCACACUAGACCUGUCGCAAUUCCAGGCCGACUUUCGCAGAACGUUCAAACCGUACCCACACCCGGUCCCGCGCGGCGCCUUCGUGGUGAUGGGCCUCGUCGAGGUAUACGGCGAGCGAGCGAAGAUCACGGUCAGUGUGCACGCUGUGUACGAUCCCAAACAGGGUCGCUACGUGGGCGUGACUGCACAACCGUACAAUUUUGUGGAAUUUCGUCAGUCCCCAAAGGGCGGGCCGUAG